GAUUGGAGGGCGCUUGGUUUGCUGCUGAGUCCUGAGGGCCUUGUCACUAACUGAGCUCCGCCCGGGCAGGUUCCCGGCGCUCUGCCCAGGCCACAGUGAGAACACAUGAAUAGAAGAAGAAAAUUUCUUCUUGCCUCAGUUCUUGCUCUCCAGAACACUAGUUUUAUAUAUCCUUCAUGUCAAAAGUGCUUCUCUCGGAUAAUCCUGGUCUCCAAGAGGUCUAAUUGUCCAAAAUGUGGCUUUACUGGUAAAGCUGAUAAUGCCAAUUACAGAUAUAAACUUUCCUUAAAAGUUGCAGAAUCAAACAGAUUAUUUGGCAUUACUGUAUUUGGAAGCUGCUUGGAUGCAUUUUUUGGUCUUACAGCCACUGGUUUGCACAGGUACAUUCAGGAUCCUAAUGAAAUUCCAGAAACACUGGACAGUGAUACAACUCAGAAGCUAUUAACUAAAGCAGUUGAAACUUGCUUUGUUGGACAAAGCUUUAUUUUCGGAGUGACGAACUUUGAAAACCAACACAGACAAGGUUCAGAUUCCAGCAACUUCUUACAGCAGUUCUCCAACCACAGAAGAGAAGUUAAAGCACUAGUAGCUUGCCAGAUUGUUCUACCAGACCCCGGUGUUGUAGGCUUCACUGUCCUUGACUACUUCCAUCAGCUUUUGCAGCUUUCUGAUACCAGGAAACUUGGCUGUGGCUCCCAAGCACCUAACAGCCACUUCCUUGCUUUAGAGCAUUCAGAUAGUGAUCUCAGCAGCAUAUAUGGCCCUGACAGCAGUUCUUGUUGUUUUGAGUCCCAUGGCAGAGAUAGUUUUUCAGGAUUCUGGCAGCUAUCACUUGAGCUCACCUCCAUUGUUUCACAACUAACGGAUGAUAAUGAUUUUUCAGCUUUAGAACACAGCAAGGCCACUGGGACUCUUGAGGAGAACAGAAAGUGCAUCUCCUCUGCAGAGGCCCCUGGUUCCAACAGCUGCCAUGACACAAUUCAGGGCUCAUGGAGCCUUGUUUCAUAUAUGGAUAAAAAGAAUGCAACACAAAAGUUACAAGCUCAUCAGCCAAGUACAAUUCAUAGUAAUCCUCAUGAACUUGGAGUUCCUGGCUCUCAUUUCUUCCCUUUGAAAGUGCAAGAGACACCUGAGUCAAGUAAUACAAAAUCCUUCCACAGUGCAGUAGAAAUUAAAAAUAUAUAUUCCCAGUGGGAGCCAACCUGUCACCAGCAUGAUGAUGUCGAUACCCCCACUAGCCUUCAGGAGAGAGCUUUAUGUUGUCCACCUUCAUCACUCAGACUUGAAGAGAUAGAUGGUGGUUCCCAGAACUGUGACCCCGAGAUCUGGGAUGAUCUGCCAUUCUCUGAAAGCCUAAACAAAUUUCUGGCAGCUGUCGAAAGUGAGAUUGCUCUAACCCAGACAGAUGCCAAUAGCAGGAACUGGCAUCUAGAUAAUGACAUCAGUAAAUUACAUGCAGACCACAGCAGGUUAUCAGUCACACCCCAGAAAACUACUAGAGCCUUGCAUACACCAUCUCCAGCCUUAAGAUCACCACAAGCAAGAGUCAAAGCAAACUCCAGCAAAGAUAACUUCCCUUCCAACUGUGAAGCAAAUCCAAGUCCUGGUAUUCCUAAGGAGUCACAACCAGAGAACAUGGCAGAGAAUGGCUAUAUAAGUGGUAGUAAAAAAGAUAUUUCUGAAAAUUUUCUACCAAAUGUUUAUCUGUCAGCUCUUUUUCCAUCUUCAAAAGGCUCUGGCACAACAGUUACUCUUAAGUCUACCAGAAUUCCACCACAUAAUGCUGGAUUUUCACUUAAGCACAGCACCUCAGAGCAUGACCAUUCUUGUCUCAAUAGCAAAUAUUUGAAUGGAUGUGCAGAAAAAUCAUUUUCUGAAAUGAGUGAAAAGUUGAUGGCUUUGCAUUAUAGGAAGUAUAAUGUUUCCAAACUUUAUAACUUAGAUAAUAAACAUUACUGUAAGUGGCCAAAGAACCAGGGUGACAGUUCUACAAUUUGCAGGAAACUUACAUAUCCUUUAGAAGCUCCUUGCAGUAGUCCCAACAGAAGUACAAAUACAUUAAAAGAAAUGACUUAUGAACACACCAGUAAUAACCUAACAGAGAACUGUUCUACUGGUCACGAAGGUGGCUAUGAUGCUUCGGCUGAUCUCUUUGAUGAUAGUGCCAAAGAAAUGGACAUUGCAACAGAAAUGACCAAAAAGUCACAGGAUAUUUUGUUAGAAUGGGGAAAGUCUUUGGCAGAAAGUCAUCAUACAGAAUCUGAUUUUCCUUUGAGAUCACCUUCUGAAAAUUACAGCCAGCUUUCACAAAAGUUAUCCUCGCAAAUCACACCUGCCUCUCUGUAUCCAAGAACAUGUUCCUCUCCACCUCAUUUUCCAUCAGAUUCAGAAUGUGAUUUUGAAGAUAGCCAAGACUUUGUUCCUUGUUCACAGUCAACUCCCGUUACAGGAUUCCACCAAACUAGAAUUCAUGGGAUGAAAGGAAUGUUCGAAAAAUUACCUGCCUUUUAUUCAGACCUUGAUGCUAACUAUAAAAAAACAAGGAUUUCCUCUGAAAAUGAAGCAAAGCAGGCCAUCCCUAGCUGUCCAAAAAAUAUAACGACCCCCAGCCAGAAAUCCAGAAGCCCUGCUAUAUCUGGUGGUACACAGCCAGAGGUUUUCAACGACUGUCCUAUUGCCAAGGGCCUUGGCACUGAUGUUGAGGAAUGGGUCCCUCCAACCACACAGAAAGUCUUUCCCUCAGAAAAACUUGGAUUCCGGGCCAUGGGUCUAAGGAAAUGCCCUGCUGCUUAUAAUUCUCCUAAUCAAAAAGAGUUACCAAGAAAAAAACUGAAAUACAUCAAACAAAGAACCGAUAAAUAUUUAGCUAAGAAGGAGUUUAAUUUAAAGAAUACAUUUACAGCAACAGUUACAAAACAGAAAACUAACUGUAACACUACGAAGUCAGGCUGGAUUUUCAAAGAGUCAGUUUUGGGACUUGGUUCUUGUUCAGAAGUCAAAUGUUGCCUUCCAUUUUCAGAAAACUGGCCACCUUCAGUGCCUGAAACUACAAGUGCUUGGUCUCCUGAGUUGUUUUCACAGAAUGUCCCCUGAACCCAAUUAUUGAACUUUUAAAUGUAAGUCUGUUUAGAAACUCUUACCUCCAAUGGCAUGGAAAACUUUCUUACCACUUUGAAUACUUGAAGAGAAGCAAAUAGAAAAGAGGUGAUGGUGUGUCUUUUUAAAUGUGGGAAAGCCAUUGUUUUUCCCAGUGUUUUACCGAGAUUACUCUGAUUUCACGUAAUUUGGCACUUUAUCUUAUACUGUUGAUUGUACUUAAGUAAUACUGUUGAUUUUGCUUGUAAAAAGUAUUUGUUAAAA